ACAGCGACAAGGAGUCCCGCGCUCGUCUUCCUCGCCCGCCCAGGCCGCCUCCUGCGGGCAGCUGCUCGGUUAGCCCAGGGAGCCCAGCCGGGCAUCCCGCCAAGGCGCGCAUGACCAGCGACUUCCUGAAGCCGUGACUCCCCAGGGUGCUGCAUCUGGCCGCGAUGAACGCGAGCGCCGCCUCGCUCAACGAGUCUCAGGUGGUGGCAGUGGCGGCCGAAGGAGCAGCGGCGGCGGCCACAGCAGCAGCGGCUCCGGACACCGGCGAAUGGGGGCCUCCUGCUGCGGCGGCGGCGCUGGGAGGCGGAAGCGGAGCUAACGGGUCGCUGGAGCUGUCCUCGCAGCUGCCGGCAGGGCCACCUGGAUUGCUGCUUUCAGCAGUGAAUCCAUGGGACGUGCUGCUUUGCGUGUCGGGGACGGUGAUCGCAGGCGAAAAUGCGUUGGUAGUGGCGCUCAUUGCGUCCACCCCAGCCCUGCGCACGCCCAUGUUCGUGCUGGUAGGUAGUUUGGCCACCGCCGACCUGCUGGCAGGCUGUGGUCUCAUCCUGCACUUUGUGUUCCAGUACGUGGUGCCCUCGGAGACUGUGAGCCUGCUCACCGUGGGCUUCCUUGUGGCCUCCUUCGCGGCCUCGGUCAGCAGUCUGCUAGCUAUCACAGUGGACCGUUACCUGUCCCUCUACAACGCACUCACCUAUUACUCGCGCCGGACACUGUUGGGCGUGCACCUCUUGCUUGCUGCUACCUGGACAGUGUCCCUAGGCCUCGGCUUACUGCCGGUGCUGGGCUGGAACUGCUUGGGCGAGCGGGCCUCCUGCAGCGUGGUGCGCCCGCUGACACGCAGCCACGUGGCACUGCUCUCAGCUGCCUUUUUUGCGGUCUUUGGCAUCAUGCUGCACCUGUACGUGCGUAUCUGCCAAGUGGUCUGGCGCCACGCUCACCAGAUAGCGCUGCAGCAGCACUGCCUGGCGCCGCCCCACCUCGCCGCCACCAGAAAGGGCGUGGGGACGCUGGCCGUAGUGCUUGGCACUUUCGGCGCCAGCUGGCUGCCCUUCGCCAUCUAUUGUGUGGUGGGCAGCCACGAGGACCCAGCCAUCUACACCUACGCCACCCUGCUGCCCGCCACCUAUAACUCCAUGAUCAAUCCCAUCAUCUAUGCCUUCCGCAACCAGGAGAUCCAGCGCGCCUUGUGGCUCCUGUUCUGUGGCUGUUUCCAAUCCAAAGUGCCCUUCCGCUCCAGGUCCCCCAGUGAGGUCUGAAGGGCUCCCUUCACAUCCUUUCACCAACACCACACCCCCAACAAGCCAGCCUUUGGUGAGCUUCCUGGUGCCUGCUGAUGAACUCGGAGACUCCAAUAGUGUGAAUCUGAUUUUGCGGGGGUAAAAGAAAGGGACAAAACAUAAAUGCAACAAACUCACAAGGACAAAAGAGGCUUGUUGGCACUUUACAUAUACAGUGUAUACAUGUGUACAUAUAUAUACAAAUAUUUGUAUCUUCUGGAGAUGUUCAGGAUGUGAGCUUCCUGUUCUGUGAAAAACUACCAAAAGACGUGGUUAUAUACUCGAAAUGUACAUCACAUUUGUCAAGUGAAGACAUUCCAAUACUGCUUAAUAAUAGCACUUUAUUUUCAGCUGCUGAACUGCCAAAACAGUGUUGCCAUUUUCAAGGGCAGGGGGAAGGGAGUAAAAGGUGUAUUUUUGUUGUAUGUGAUAGAAUAUUUUGCUGCACAUGCAUCAACAAAUUUCAACAUAUUUUGUACACAAAUAAACAUAUCAUAAAAAAAUGUAAUUUGGGGUACAUGAUUGACUAUGCAAUUACUAUUCAAGAGUCAAAUUACAUGUGCAAUCUUAAAAAUGAAUAAAUUCUUUACCACAGGAUUCCAAGACAUAUACCUCAUACCUUCAUUGGGGAUAUGAAGGUGUGUUCAGCAUUGCCUCUUGGACCACUAUCGUCUUUCAAAUAGGCCACUACCCCGAUCCUUAAGAAUUAAAUAUUCCCAUUCCAUCAGUGGGUGUGAGUCAUGAUUCCCACCCCAUCCUACUUACAGGAAAAUGGAAAGAUAAAUAAGAGAAUAUGUG